GAUGCCAAAGUUCUUAAAACAUGUAACUAUUUUGACGAAUGUGUAUAUUCGGCUUAGUAGAGGGAGAUUAAAGGGAAAGGGGGAAGACAGUCGGGUGGCAUUGACUGUCCUGCUGACUGUGGUCAUGACUACAAUCAGACUAUUUGCCCCCUUUGCUCCAUUCUUUACUGAGUUUAUAUUCCAAGAACUGAACAAGAUGAUGAUGGGUGAGUGUCCCGAGAGUAUCCAUCACACAUUACUGCCCCGUCCAAUUGGAUCACUAAUUGACGCUGGCACGGAGGUUGUGGUAUCCGAUAUGAUCACAAUCCUCGAUCUUUCUCGUCAAAUCAGGACCAGAAUGAACGUGCCAUUGAAGUAUCCAGUGGAGAAGACAUAUAUUAUCGACAAGCAGGGAAGACUGGAAGAACGAUUGAGACCACUAAUGCAUUAUAUUCACCAGGAGGUCAACAGUUUCGACAUUGUCUUCACUCAAGAUUUCACGUCUCUCAACAUAAGGAGAAUUGUCAAGCCAGACUAUCGAAAAUUAGGUCCUCGUUGUCGGAGUUGUCUGCCGGAUAUAACCAGAAUAUUAAGCGAGCUUUCCGACGCCGACUUUGAUAAGAUAUGCGAGUGCGGAUAUUUGGAUAUGCCCGGAGAUAUUCGGGUACUUUUGGAUGAGAUGUCCGUGAGUUAUCAGUUGGGGAGUGGUGACAUGCCCGAGUAUUCAAUUGCCUUCGACAAUUAUGUAGUCCUUCUUCUUGAUUUGUUAGAUUGGGGUUGUUAUGAAAUGCUCGCUGUCGGAGGUGUGUAAAAUGCAGGGAAUGGCGAGAGAGAUUUCGUCACGUGUUCAAAAGUUAAGGAAACAGGCCAAUUUAAAGCCCGGGGAUGAUAUAUUUGUGAGUGUCGUCACGUCAGACGAGAGGAUGGAGACUGUCUUGAGGGACUAUCGUACAUUCAUCCACAACAGGAUUGGCCGACCGAUAUACCUAGGCUGCCUUGUGGAGUCAAAUGUGUUGAUAUCUCAGUCAUUCGACGUUGUCAUGUGCUUUAUUUGGUAGUUGUGUUUCCACGGUGACUGCCACAAAUGCAGUGUUGUUGUUACCAUUACUAAGCCAGUCGAUCUGACCAAUGGAUAUUCAUCCUUGUUUGCAAGUGCCGUUCGGCAGAAUGACCCCUCAGAGGAGUAUUUAGUGCAGCUGUUUUAUCCGGAGUACAACAGGGUGGCUACCGUUCAGGAAUUGAAU